GGAGAGCGAUGUAAUCUUGCGCGCACACAGCCUGUGCCGUGCACUGUAAUUUCAACUUUCAGUGUGGGCAGAAGGGGGAAUUCACACUAAAUCUUAGCACUCUGGUGGAGCUUGGUGUUUCUCCCGAUUGCUAUACUGAAAAACGAGAAAACAAUACCACACCGGGACUGCCACUCGUCCGCUGGUCGUGAACGCCAAGCCCAUUACUCGACGGAUGGCUUACCGAAGGUGAUACUGGUUGUUGGCCAAUUUGUCAGAGGACUUGCAUGACAUCCUCCUCCCGGAUUAAGGUUUCCCGUUCAUAUUCGAGUGGCAAAGAGUGUACACGGACCGCCAACCACCCUCUAAUGAUGGUCAAGUUGGAAUGCAUGCAGAUGCGAGCUGAGACGGCAGAGGAGAUACGAUCGGCCAAGAAACCCUUCUCCAUAGACCACAUCAUGCUGGGCAAGCGAGAGCCCACUGAACUCCAGGCCGUUACGCCUCCGCCACCCGCGGUCACUGAAGAGGUCAAGGAAGAGAAAAUUGACCGUGAAGCAGAGCUGAACCCCAGCGUUGACAGAGAAAACAGCCCCGAGAAAAUGAAAGACAAUGCAGAGGACGACGAGGAGGAGGCACGGGAAAAGGAUGGAAAGGACGACGACAACAAGGGAAAAACAGAAACGAAAGAGGGCGAGAAAAACUCCCCGCCGAAGAACAAAUUUGGGGAAAAGCCGCCUUUCAGUUACAACGCUCUGAUAAUGAUGGCCAUUAGGUCCAGCCCGGAGAAACGCCUGACGCUGAACGGUAUUUACGAAUACAUCAUGACCAAUUUUCCUUACUACAGGGAGAAUAAGCAAGGCUGGCAGAACUCAAUCCGGCACAACCUGAGCCUCAACAAGUGUUUCGUCAAGGUGCCUAGGCAUUAUGACGACCCGGGCAAGGGGAACUAUUGGAUGCUGGACCCGUCCAGCGACGAUGUCUUCAUCGGGGGAACUACGGGGAAGCUACGGCGGAGGUCCACGGCCGCGUCCAGGAACCGUAUCGCCCAGCUGAAACGGGGGGUAGGACCUUUGACCAAUGGGUUCUCCCUUCCUAUCCGGACUGAUAAGCCGUACUCAAUGUACUGGCCACACAACCACAUGCUCCCCUACGCUCAUCACGCCGGCACACCGCUGCGGUACGAGGCGAGACUACCAAUGCAUCACCCGGAGAGUCUAGCCGUCCCGGUGUCGUCCCACCACUGCGAUACUCUGAUCAGCGCCGGAGCCGGAACAACCCUUCCUAAGCCAGUCCCUGCUGGACACAGUUUCUCCAUGGAUCGCCUCCUGCGCCACGACUCUUCGUCGUACUCCAUGUCCGUGCGGCCGGGCGCUCAUCUCGGGUUGCCCUCGCCGCCGCCGCCCUCGGGACACGGCCUGGUGUGCAGUGGACUGAGCUCAUGUGUCACCAGCGUGAACAGCGAGGCGGGGCCUGCCUGUUGCAUGCCGCAUGUACCCCACUCCCCGCAGGCUAUGCCUACCUCCCCGUACGACAUGUACCAUGGUCUUCAGAGCUUGCCGGUCUUUCCAACCGCCCUGUUUCCCCUAGCACUCGCCCAUCCUAGGCCAAUAUCGGGAAAAUGAGUGAGUGAGAGUGAUGAAUUUGCAGCUGAAACAAGACAAGUGAAUGUCAGCUUUUUGGACUUCAUUGCUGAGACAUUAUCCACAGACACUGCCCGUGUGCAUGCUUGUGUGAAAAGCUGGGGAUUGCGCUGUCCAACACGGUCGCCAUGGCAUGAACGGUCGAAACACUGAAGAAUGUUUGAUCGCGUUCCUUGUAAUAACACACUGAUGUUAUUUUCAGAUUUGAAACCAUGACGCCAACCGUUAUAAGCUAAGUGAAGUUGGCAAGUAUGUGCAAUAUUGUUUACUGAAUCCACGUUUAAAAUAAGUUUUAGCUAUGACAAUCAUUCAAAUGGAGUUGUAAUUUAUGAUUUUGUUUUGUUUAGAGAGCAUGCUAAGCUUAUAACCUCUUAGAAUAGUUACUUGUGUAAAUAGCUAUAGAUAUUGAAGGAUUUACCAAAUAGUGACGUGAUGGUGGUUGAAAGAUCACAAACUGUAAUUGUGUGAUAAGGUAAUAUAUAAUGGUAAGACGGUAAAACUUUCUUAAUGUGUUCGUAUAAAAUGCCACGUUUUUUAAUUAAGGAGGUGUUUUUUUAUGGAUGACAUAAUAUCCUGGCUGUCCAAAAACAGACGUAUUAAAAUGAUAACGCGCACACCGUGUUACUCUGUUGUAUCAACGUAUGAAAAGUCUGCCUCGUUGCCAGGUUUCGCCGACAUUUUUUCGAGCUUGCUCAUUGCUUUUUGUCAAUCGUCGCCUCGUGUUUGGGUGUGCAACGAACCAUUCCCUAGGCCCGCUUGCCCGGACCAAGGGGUAAAUGCGGGUCCAUUUAUAACACAAACAAAUUCGGCUGGAUGUAAACAGUCAUUAAAAUUGUAAAGAUUCCCUCGUCUCACUCUUGCUGGUUCAACUUUUCCCUCGGCAGUGACCGCCGAAACUUAAAUUUUAGUGCUCCUUGAACUGCGGAUAAUAUCUCUUGUCGAGAGUGACAGAUUUCCCUGAGAAUUACGCGGUGAGUAUGGUGAGGCAUUGGCUGCCGGAGUGCCGUAUGUUGGGCCGUCUUGCACGGCGCAACGCUCUCGGGGUCAACCCCUCUCGGUGUGUGUUAUUAACAGGGUCUCAUGCACGCGGGUACUUCUGCGGUAAUGCGAAAGAUCACAGUCGCCUAUUAACACGGCCAUUUAUGAUCACGUUGACAGAAAAAAUCGCAACUAAAUGAAACGUCUGGUGGCAUUUGAUCUGUAGUCAGCAAUUCUGACGACAAACCCACUUUACUAAGACAUCAUGAUUGUCUUUAAGGCUAGAAUUUACAAGCUUGUCAAAACAAUUUAGGGAACGUAAUGUACAUGUACCUUGGACUUAAAAAAACUCUAUGAAUUUAAAGCUCUCGGCGUUGUUGAAUUUUGUCUCAAAAAGGAGUCGGUGCUGUGCGUAAAAGUUGGAAACAGUGAACCAGGGGAAACCCACACAGUAGAGUGUUCUCUGUAGACACUGUAUUUCCGCCAGUUGUGACUAAUAUUUGGCCUUGUUUUAAACCAAGACACGCAUCUUUUCUAUCGGACGGAGUUGGGGUAGGAUCUUUUGUUUAGAGAUGACUUGUGAUUCUGGAGUUGGUAAACCACUUCUUUUCUGCCUGGCACGGAUGCCCGUGGGGAGAUUACGGUACAUGUUCAUGUAUAUGAAUUUGCCCCUGCGCUUUGGCAAUUGAAAGUCCGCGCUAGACCAUGUAAUCGCAGGCUAUGCAGAGCCUAACGUACAUGAAAAGAGAGUUUGAGGAUAGUCAGGCAUACGCCGGUAACUGAACUGAACAGAAUUUUCAUUCUGAACAAGAACAUCGCUCAAAGUUCGAUUUUCAAAACAGAAUCUUUAGGGAUGAUCACAACCGUAACCAAGUCGAGUCAAAAAGUAAACUUCCUUUCUCUACAAGAUAUAGGGGUUCAACUCUGUCAAACCACUAUGGCAGUUAGCAAGUAACAUUGGAAAGAAUUCCACGAGAGUUCAACCUAAAGACGUUUUUCACCGAGAACAACUCUCAAUCCUCAAUCCCCUUUAAUUCACAAGCCUUUAAUUGCUAAAUAGUGAUGUCAUUGCUGUGGUUGAACAUUUUUCACGGAUGCGCUUUUGUUUCAUAUGUUAUCUACAUAUUUUAACUGAAAACAGUGGUGCGAGGAAAGGAAACCGUAAGGACUUUUAGACGAAUGGUUCGGAUCUCAGGAAGCGUUUUGACGAUCAGUUUCUUCACUAUUGAACUUCUUAAACAACCCUCCAAAAAUGAGAAGCAUUUGUACCGUCGAGCGGUAAAAGUUUCGCUUAAUUAUCUCAUUCUGAGGUGAAUGAAAGCAUUUUCAAGUAAUAGCCAACGGGUGAAGUUUAAACAUUCACACAGAAUUUGGGAUUUACAUACAAAUUAAUACUUAUCAGGAAACUGAAUUUUCACGGAGCUUAACUGCUGCAGCCCUCUAAGCCAAAUGCUAAUUGUAGGAGCAUGUCCAAAAUAUGGUGAUAAGGGGCUUCCAUGAAGCAAAAUGUUAUGUUUUUAAAGUAGGAUAUUUUUAUAGAGAAAUAUAGGUGUGUUCGUUGUUGGAACUCCUCACGUUGCGUUUCAUGAACACCAGAUUUGUUUUUUGAAUUUUCGAUAGUUUGCCACGCGGCACGUGCUGCUACAUAGUGCUUUGGACUGGUUCAUAUUCAAGAAAAAAGUACACAUCGUUGCUGAUGAAAUCCAAAACGCUCAUGUGACAUGUAUUGUGACGGUCUGCCGUUGUUCCUAAACCAGACACGCCAUUUGAUCUAAAACACUACUAAUCAACACGCAAUUUCAUUUUCAGUGCUGGUGAAAUACAUUUUUGAACAGUCAUUGAACAAAGGUUGGCAAGAAAGGCCAAAAUUCACUAUUCCUUCUGUAAAGUGUUUGGCACGUUUGAUUGGUACAUGUAUAAUACAACACAAUGUCCUCUUCCUUUAACAGAUCGGGGACGUUUCUCUGUCAAAUUGUCUUUUUUUAUCGAGUCUGAGAGGAGCCUACAUUAAAAUAUGUCAUAUUC